CUCCUGGCAGGAAGCUGCGCUACGGGAAGAGGGAGGAGACUGCGGCGGCGGCUGUGUCUGGUGGGAGCCAGAUGUGGCAGUGCUGCUGCCGCCAACAGUGAGACUGAGAACCCAUGAGCCGAGUGCUGGGGACACCGUCUCCAUCUCCGCCUUCCUCAAAGCGCUCCAAGAUAACUUCUUGCCUACGGAUCCUCCCCUCUCAGCUCCUGCAAGCACUCACCUCAUCGUCUGCUGAUCCUCUUUUGCCGCAGGUUCACAGCGGAGGCAGCGCGGCAAGGUGUCCCAUUUGGGCACGUGAGGCCCGUGAUCCCCGGACGUGGGGAGGUGGGCACUGGACUAGAAAACGGGAGGAUUGGGUUGGUGGGUGUCCAGCAAGAAAAUUGGGCCCCUUUCCUCCUCCUGCAGGCAUGAAGACCCUUCACAAAAAGGCAGCUGCAGAUCAGGAAACCAGGGAAACUGAUGAUCACCACAUUGCAUCUGCAAAUAUGAGGAAGAAAAAGACCUGUCAAAAGAAGCAGAGGGGCAGACCUUCAUACCAGCUCCGAAGGAACAUAGUGGGCUGCAGAAUUUCACACGGAUGGAAAGAAGGCAAUGAGCCCAUCACGCAGUGGAAAGGAACCGUUCUGGAUCAGGUGCCUAUCAAUCCCUCUCUUUACCUGGUCAAAUAUGAUGGAAUUGACUGUGUCUAUGGACUGGAACUUCACAGAGAUGAAAGGAUUUUAAAGCUUAAAAUCCUUCCUGAUAAGGUGCCAUGUUCUCGAGUCACAGAUGUGCGCCUUGCAAAUACCAUAAUUGGGAAAGCGGUGGAACAUAUGUUUGAGGGUGAGCAUGGUUCCAAAGAUGAAUGGAGGGGAAUGGUCUUAGCUCAAGCACCUAUCAUGAAAGCCUGGUUUUAUAUUACCUAUGAGAAGGAUCCUGUCUUAUACAUGUACCAGCUUCUAGAUGAUUACAGAGAAGGAGACCUCCGUAUCAUGCCAGAGUCCAGUGAGUCUCCUCCAACAGAGAGGGAGCCAGAAGGAGUUAUAGAUGGCCUCAUAGGUAAACAUGUGGAAUAUACCAAAGAAGAUGGCUCCAAAAGGACAGGCAAGGUCAUUCACCAAGUGGAAGCCAAACCCUCUGUGUAUUUUAUUAAGUUUGAUGAUGAUUUCCAUAUUUAUGUCUAUGAUUUGGUGAAAAAGUCCUAACUGUUCGGGUACACUUUGCCACAUUUAUGAGAACAAAUGUAUACUUUGUAGAUAUGCAAAAUAAUGUUGCUUUUCAGUGUAUUGAAAGCUUAAGGGUCCCUGUUAAUUCAACAUCUUUGCCAGCAUAACUGUUGUUUUGUUUUGAAAAAUACAAAUGUAUGUGGACAUGA